UAAUGGACCCAGUGAUCUUCCCAUAAGCCAUAGACUGAAUAUUCGCCCUCAACAUGGCUCCCGCUUCUGACCACCCACACCCCGUCUAUGGCUGGAAAGAGCCGUGCACGCCACCGGUUGGAGCCAGCGAGGUGGUAGUAGUAAUGGUCCCUCUUCCGGCACAAGGCCACCUGAACCAACUCCUCCACCUAUCCCGCCUCAUCUCCUCCUACGGCAUCCCCGUCCACUACGUUGCUGCCGCCACCCACAUCCACCAGGCCAAGUUCCGCGUACACGGUUGGGAUCUGUCCUCAGCUACCGCCAAGCGCCUUCUCCAUGUCCACGGCUUCGAUAUCCCUCCCUUCCCCUCCCCUCCCCCCGACCCAACCUCGAAAUCCAAGUUUCCCUCCCAGCUCAUCCCUUCCAUUGAAGCCGCCUCGUUCCACCUCCGUCACCACGUAGCGGACCUCGUGCGGUCCCUGGCCUCAGGGUCCAUGCGGCGGGUCGUGGUGAUCCACGACUCCCUCAUGGCCUCAGCAGUCCAAGAUGCCUUCUCAGUCUCAAACGCAGAGACGUUCGUUUUCCACAGCGUCUCAGCCUUCUCAGUCUACUGGUACCUUGCCCGGGCUGCUGCGGGUCAGCUGCCACUGGGAGAGAAUGACUGCAUUUUCCUGGAGGACCCGCCGCCACUAGAAGGUUGCUUUCCGGCCGAGUUCUUGAAGUUCAUCGAGCACCAGUACAAGUUUGUGCAUCUCGGCUCUGGCAGGCUUUACAACACGUCCAGGGCGAUCGAAAAAGUGUUCAUGGAACUACUAGAGAAGGAAGAGGUUAAUCAGACUCACUGGGCGGUGGGACCAUUCAAUCCGGUGAGGAUCCCAUCAUCAUCAUCGCUAGCCAGCGAGAAGGCAAGACCUGAAGGUGGCAAGCACAAAUGCAUCGAGUGGCUCGACCGCCAAUCGUCGAACUCCGUGAUUUACAUCUCUUUUGGCACGACGAUAGCCCUCAGCAAGGAGCAGAUUCGCGAGAUCGCCACAGGGCUCGAGAGCAGCGGGCAGCGGUUCAUCUGGGUGCUGAGGGAUGCGGACAAGGGCGACAUGUUUAACAAUGCGAACGACGACGACGACAGUUACGAAACACGAAAGCUAGCCGAGUUAUCUCUCCCGAAAGGGUUCGAGGAGAGAGUGGAAGGGGUGGGACUCGUGGUGAGGGAAUGGGCGCCCCAGCUCGAGAUUCUGGGGCACCCGUCGGUCGGAGGGUUCAUGAGCCAUUGCGGGUGGAACUCGUGCAUGGAGAGCAUAACCGUGGGAGUGCCCAUUGCGGCAUGGCCGAUGCACUCAGACCAGCUGAGCAAUAGCGUCCUUGUUACGAGGAUCCUCAGGAUCGGUGUCAUGGUCAAGGAAUGGCCAGCCCUGGUGAACAGCGCUCUCGUGGAUUCGUCAUCCAUCCAGAGGGCUGUGAAGCUGCUCAUGUCAUCGCAGGAAGGGGACUGCGUGAGGAAGAGAGCAGCCGAACUGGGUGAGGCUGUCCAGAGGUCGGUCCGUGAUGGGGGAGUCUCCCGGGCGGAGUUGGACUUGUUCAUCGCUCAUAUCACCAGAUGCAGCUAGGUUAUAUCGAUAUAACUAAUCGAAUAAGUCUGUACUCAGAGGGAAUCGAAUCGAGCCUAUGAUCUGGGUUUAGUCUAGUGUGAUUGCUAGGUGAAUUGGUAUACAUCCAUGGAUGCGUAGGUGUACAAUUAGUUAUUGCUGGAAAUUCUUAGUAGUUAUCUUAUCCUUUCUGAAUCUUAUCCAACUUAGAAGGCCGGCUGGUUGAUCGUUAUCUUCUCCAGUGACGGCGAUGAUAAUAUUAUGAAUAUCUGUCCGUUUCGAA